CGAUUCUUCAGGAAGUAAACAAACCCAGCUCAGAGUGGCGUUCACCGAGUUUCUGUUCAGAUUGUUGUUCAGUGUUGGUGUUUCUUAUCGUGUUCGUGUUUCUGUCGUCUGAUAAUUUUUGUGUGUGUGAUUGAUAGAUGCAUGACCGAGUGUAGUGCAGCAGCUCCAUCAUGUCAAGGAAACAGUCAGGAAAGCCCAUAAAGGGAAACAGGAAGUGUGAAUUAGAGAGGAAGAGAGACGAGAGAGCGGCCCGCCGGGCUCUGGCCAAAGACAGGAAGAACAGACCUCCAGGAGGAGAUGAUGGUGAGGAGUUUGUCAGCUUCUCCAACCAGCUUCAGGCUCUGGGGCUCAAACUCCGCGAGGUGCCUGGGGACGGGAACUGUCUGUUCCGGGCUCUUGGGGACCAGCUGGAGGGACACUCGCGAGGUCACCUGCGUCUGCGGCAGGAGACGGUGCAGUACAUGAUGACACACAGGCAGGACUUCGAGCCCUUCGUUGAAGAUGACAUGCCAUUCACAGAGCAUUUGUCAAACCUGUCUCAGCCGGGCACGUUUGCUGGAAACGACGCCAUCGUGGCCUUCGCUCGCAGGCAGCAAUUAAAAGUGGUUAUUCAUCAGCUGAACGCUCCAUUGUGGGAGAUAAAUGGUACAGAGAAGCCUUCAUGUCGUGAGCUACACAUCGCAUAUCGAUAUGGAGAUCAUUAUGACAGCGUCAGAAAGACUGGAGACAACUCUGAGAGUCCGGCACAUCUGCGUAUAGAGAGUCUGAAUAAUUCCAGACGCUUUGGAGAUGGUCAGAAGGAAAGGUCGAGCGGCGCCUCUCCCUCACGCUCUCUCUCUGAAGAUGAAGAGCUGAUCUUGAGCAUUCUCUGUGAAGAUAAUCAAUCAGACAAUCUGUGUCAAUCAAGGGCCACAUCACAGACGAGCCACAGUGAUUGGCUGGAGUCAGAACUAAACAACCAAUCAUCACGGAGAGAUUGUGCCUCAAGGACACACCCUUUAUGUCAAGGCAUGCAGGCUGAAAGUAGUGAAAACACAUCACCAACAGAGAGCAGCAUCUCACUUAAACCCAAGCUCUCUACUAAACAAAGGAAAGAGCAACAGCGCCUAGAAAAGAAGAAACGUCAGGAGGAGAGACAUAGACAGAAGGUUUUACAGGGCAGAGGGUCACAUCACCAAAAUCAGAACAUACCAGAAGCCGUCACUCUUGUGCCAGCGCUUAACACCCUGAGCAUCUAGAGCAAACAUGGGAGGAUAUUUUAAGUGGUCCGUACACUGUGCAGUGAUCUAGAAACUUGAUAGGUUGAAUGUAUAGGGACUGUGUUGUAUGAUUGAGGGUGCAUUUCUUUAGCACAAGGAUGAUGUCAAGAUGCGUCGGGCUGUAAGCUGUGCUUGAGAUUGCGGGCGACUGCAUUUUUGUACUGAACAGUCAAAUAUUAAAUCUCAUUAAAUUCAGUUGACACAUCUGAGCUCAGCCAAAGAACAAAUGUAAAGGGAACCGAAAUAUUGAGAGGAGAAAGAGUUGAAGAUUAAUAAUGGACAACUGUUUAAUCCUGUCGGGGUAUUUGAUUUAUUUGUUUAAAACACUUUCGGUUUUGUUUCUGCUUUCCAAUGAUCAUUGUUUUAACUGAGCGGUUUCUAACAGUUGGGCAACAUCAUAUUCUGCAGCGGAAUUCUAUAAAUAAACAUUUCAGAUUUAAA